AUGGCCGCCGAUGUCCUAUCACCGCGAAGCGACUCGGCCCAGGCAGGCGUCAACCGCACCUCCCUCCCCCCGCUCGUCACUUCCCCGCCUUCCAAGGCCAAGCUCGAGCGCGCCAGCUCCUACAUGAACAAGCGCCUGUCCACCUUUUCAAACACAUCAAACACGCACCAAUCGGUGCGCUCGCGCCCGCAAUCGACCGCCUUCCCCAUCUUCCACUCGAGCCUGCCCUAUUCGCUGGUCCGCGACUUUGCCUAUGACCCGCUGCAUCCCCUCUUCUACGGCCCACUCCCGGAGCAGCCCUCCGACAUAUCCACCCCCGCAAGUGAGCACAGCCGCAGACUGUCAGACCCGCCCCCGGUAGCAUGGCGCAACGACCGGAGCGGCUGGUCGGCGGCGUCAUGGGACGAGAAGGAAGGCGAGCAACUUCCCCAGACGUCAUACGACGGAGGCCCGCCCUACAGCGAGGACGAGGACAUUUCAAGCCCAGUCGUCACCAGCCACCACGGCGCACGCCACAAGAAGCACAAAUCCAACAUUGUCAACUUUGACCACACCCGCGGCCGCCGCGGAUACCCAGAAGAACAACAUCGACGGACAAACUUGGUGCCGAUCAACGGCGAGAGCAGCUACUUCGCAAAUGACGACGCUGCUCACACCCCUAGCAGUGAGUACAUUACCUACCCGCCCGAGUCAUCGCGACUCGGCCUACCAGAAGGAGCGUCGCGGCGCGAUUCCCACUUCGCCACAACUCUGCCACCACGCGCUUAUGCAGAUGCCGAAACAGUCCUCCAAGGCCCGCCAUACGAUUCAGACGACGACAUGUCGGAGCCUGAAGACUACAUAUACGACGACAGCCGCUUCUCGCGCGAUUACCAGUUUACCAUUGCCUCGCCCGACGAAGAGAUGCAUGGAAAAGCAGUCGCAUUGUUCGACUUUGCCCGCGAAAACGACAACGAGCUGCCCCUAGUAGAAGGCCAGGUGAUUUUGGUCUCGUACCGCCAUGGCCAAGGCUGGCUCGUGGCUCAAGACCCAAAGACGGGCGAGAGCGGCCUAGUACCCGAAGAAUAUGUGCGCCUGCUACGUGACAUUGAAGGAGGCUGGAAUGGCCUGGUAGGCGCCAUUCAAUCGCAGCCCGAACUCGCGCCCCCAGAAGCCAACAACGGCCCAGAAAGUUUGCUGAGCCCCAUCUCUGCUGGACCAGAAGCCAAAACGCCGACACAGGCUGAUCAUCCUCAGAACUAUACCCCCGUUAUAUCCACCUUCUCGACUAGUCACAAGGACCUCGAGAAGUACCCCACAGAACGGCUUGGCACCCCUACCGCCGCCGAUAGUGGUCUUUUUCCACGACACAAAGAUAGCGGUACCAUGGAGGGGUUAGAGUCCACCCCUGAACCGCUCUCUCAACAUCAGAAGUUGUAA